UAAAAAAAAAAAUAAAAAAUAAAAAAAAAAGGUUUCGUCAACUUUACUUGCAACUACAUAAUAUCAAAAAAUAAAAUGUCUGUAGUGGUUUGUACUACAUAGUUAUUAUAACUGAUGGAUAUCAAGCAUUUUGUCAUAUUAUCAUUUUGUAAUAUUCUUCCAUAUAAAGAGUGUCUGUGUUCUUUAAUAUUAUAUAACAUGGACAAUUAAAAUAUAAAUCUGCAUACAAUUUUAUAAAAUGUUUCUGAUAAGAGUGAAUCUUGGUGUUAAGAUAAUUUAAUUAAAAAGUGUCAAAUGUUGUCAGAAAUAGAGAGUAGAGAAGUGGAAACAAUCUACAAUAUACAAACUAUGAAUUCAAAUCAUGCAUUGCAACAUGUUUAAAUAGCCUUCACAUUAAGCCGAUACAUCUCUGGAAAAAAGUAAGAAUGAAAUACUAUGCAACUGAAUCCUUGGUGUUUAUUGCAAUAUAUAAGCAAACUAAAAGAUAUAAAAAGAGUCAAUGACUGGAAUAUUCUUCGUGGGAAACAGACAAAUCAUGUGUCUUUAAAUCGCCAAAGUUAUAUAUUACGCAGUGAAUAAAUUGAAGACAAACCAAUAUGAACUGUUUACGAAGAAAUAUUUUGUGAAAUAUACGAAGAAUGAAUUGAAGAAUUAAAUAUUGGGAACAAUAUUAUAGAUCAAAAAUAUAUUCUGAAUUAUAAUAUAUCCCAGAUAUAUAAAUCUUGAAUGAAAAAUAAUAGUAAUAGAUAAAGAAAGAAAGAAGAGAUUAUUUGGAUCGCUAGGACUUUCCAUCAUAUACCGGACAUGGAUUAUAAAUAUUGAUCAUUGUAGCUGUGUUAUUUUAAAAGAGAUGAAAAUUAUGAGAUCAUUAAGAUGGAGAAAAAGGAAAAAAAGAAAAAGGCUAAUACAACAAAUGGAAAAGCUGGUCCUAAACGCAAUCGAGGGAAUGCACGAGGACGAAAUGGACUUAGAGGCAGAGGUGCAAGAACUAAGCGUAAUAUUGGCACAUUGAAGAAAGAACAGAAAUGGCAGCGUGGUCAAAAUGCCAAUCUACGUGGUAGUUUUACCAAAAAACGUUAUAACAAGAAUGGUGGAGUUGCUUCACAAAAUAUACUAGCUUCAAAUCAAAAAGCUAAUAUAAGAGGAAAUAUAAAUGUACGCCGUGGUCGUGGAAAUCGCUAUGGUUUAACCCGUAGUCGAAGUAGAACGAAUUUGACUUUCACGAAAGCUGGAUUUUUUACUGCUAAUAAAACUACACUGAAAAGAACAAACAGCGUGGGUAGUGUUAGAGAUCCAACUUCCGUUCACAAUCGAUUAGGAUACCAAAGUCCAGCACAAAUUGCUUAUCGAAAUCACGUUAAAAGAGCUAAGCAACUUCUUCUUCAGAGACAAAAUCAACGGCUUAACUUCCAGAAUCAAUUUAGAAUGUUACAAGCAGGAAAGUCUUCGAUUUCACUACAGCAAAGACCAUUAGAACGGCGACAACAAAUUUUAACUUCUCAAAGAAGAUUUACUACUGGUGGAUUACGUUCAGAUCAAAUUGCACGUGCUCAAAGAAGAGCUCAAUAUGAACAGAAACUUAUGAGGAUCAACUCUGCACGGAUCACACCCUCAAACGUCAAUUUCAUGUGCACACUAGGCAAUGAUUAUACACCAAAUACGCAUGAACAUUCCAUAAGCCUUGCACAGAAUAGAAAUGAAAGAAGUAUGAGCGGUCUUCAUCAACUGCUAAGAGGACGUUCACCAAUUACACAAACUAUACAAAAUUUAAACAUGAUUGGUCGAUCUCCUGUAUUUGGUCGACAACGUUCACGAUCAAGAUCACGCUCCCGUUCACGCACACGUAAUGUUCCUAUGUCUGAUUCAGGAACUGAUUUAGAUGAUCGUACUUUUAGUAAAAUUAUGUAUAGUAUAUCUGCAAGUCUUGGCGUCACAGGACGAACUCUCAAUGAUAGAUUUAGUUUUUAAAUGCAAUAAAACAAAUUCAUCUUACAUUCAGAAUUAAAGACUGGCAAAUUCAGUGCACAUGAGUUAUAAGAUUUUCAAUUUUAAUUAUAGAUGGGGAGAUGUGCUGUUUUUUGCAACUUAGAAGUAUAAACAUCAUCUAAUAUUGAAUAAAUGUCUAUAAUAUUGAUUCAGAGUUAAUCAAAGUAACUCUGUUACAUUUAGUCUUAUUUUAUCUUCAGUAAUACAAUGUCUUUUAUUAUGCUUUUUUAUAAAAAAGACAGCAUUUGUUAUAAAAGAAUUGUUACUUUAA